AUGUCUUCUGCCGUGCGAAUUGCUCCUACGAGGGCGACGCGGGCUAUGAACCUGCUCAGAACAAUCCAAUACACGCAUCCUCCUUCGUGCCCCUGCCACGGCAAUCCUUCUCACCAUCAUCACCAUCAACCUUCCUCCGGGCUUCUCGCCCAUGCGAAACGAAACAUCCAGCGCAAUUAUGCCACCCCAGUCGACAUGUCGAGACACAAGGAAUAUGCAUUCGAGAUGGCUGCCUCCUCAAUUCGAUUUGGCCCUGGUGUUACAAAAGAAGUGGGCAUGGAUUUCAAGAAUAUGGGUGCCAAGAGAGUUUGUGUUGUGACGGACAGCGUGGUGAAAAACCUGGAUGCUAUGAAACAAGUCAUAGAGGGAUUGACAAGGGAGGGGGUUGAGUUUACCGUUUUUGAUGGCUGCCGAAUUGAGCCCAAGGACAGCUCGAUUAAAGAGGCUAUUGAUUUUGCAAAGCCAUAUCAACCAGAUGCAUUCCUUGCAGUUGGUGGUGGAUCUGUCAUCGAUACAGCGAAGCUAAUGAACCUAUACACUUGCUAUCCUGAUGCCGAGUUUCUCGACUUCGUCAAUGCUCCAUUAGGAAAGGGCCUCCCUAUUGAUAAGCCGUUGAAACCAUUGAUUGCUGUACCGACGACUGCAGGUACUGGGUCUGAGACGACGGGUACCGCUAUUUUUGACCUGGUGUCUAAACGUGCUAAGACUGGAAUUGCGCAUCGAAAUCUCAAGCCGACUCUUGGGAUAUGCGACCCCCUAAAUACUCGAACGAUGCCCUCAGCUGUUCAUGCGAGUUCUGGUCUAGACGUGUUGUGCCACAGUCUCGAAAGCUGGACUGCCAUUCCCUAUUUUGAACGAAUACCUCGACCUUCCAACCCUAUCAACCGCCCGGCAUAUCAAGGGGCCAAUCCCAUCAGUGACAUAUUUUCAUUACAGGCUCUUAGGAGCACCGUUAAGUACCUACCAAGAGCCGUGAAAGAUCCCGAGGACCACGAGGCCCAAAGUCAGAUGUUAUUAGCCGCCACUCUUGCAGGCGUUGGGUUCGGAAACGCUGGUGUCCACCUCUGUCAUGGAAUGUCAUAUCCCAUUUCCGGUCAGAAUCCUGGGUAUCGACAUCCCGGCUACCAAGUUAGCAGCCCGAUUAUCCCCCAUGGCGUUUCCGUGGCUGUUUCUGCUCCAGCUGUAUUCCGCUUCACUGGUGCUUCAAAUCCAGACCGUCACUUAGCUGCCGCAGAAGCCUUUGGCGUUGAUAUAUCGAACGUGAAAAAGGAAAGCGCCGGCGAAGUCCUUGCAGAUGCCUUAUCCAAGUUCUUAGCAGAUUUGGGAGACCAGCCCAAGGGGUUGAAGGAUUUGGGCUUCAAGAGAGAGCAUCUUGAUGAUUUAGUCGAAGGUACCAUCCCUCAAGCUCGUGUGUUGAUGUUGGCCCCCGGCUUGGCAACAGAAAUCAACGAGGAGAGAGAGCAGCUGAGAAAAUUAUUUGAGGAUGCUAUGGAGCAUUAA